UGACUUGAAUUAUUAAUAUAAAAUUAAUUAAAAAUUUUAAUGGUUUCUCACUCUUUAGAUUAAGUAAAAAUCCGUUUGAACCGAGUUGAAAUCCGAUCAUCAUUGAAAUAAUGUAGUUCUGGACGAAACAUCGAACAAAAUGGCAGCUUUUGAAGCUGUUAGCAGGCUUAUGAUAAAACCCCUUGGGAGCAGGUUAUCCCUUAUAGACUUUAGACGCGCCGCACUUCCAGAGAUAAGAUCUCAAGAUGACGGUUUCGAUCCACGCCUAUAUAGAGACCCAAAAUGCCCCAUAAGACCGUGGAUGGCGUACUUCAAUCUUCUACGUACAGGGUUCGGGGCUGGUGUGCUGGGCUUGCCGCUGGCUAUCAGCCAGUGCGGCAUCAUCCUCGGUCCACUUAUGACACUCGCUACAGGAGCCCUUAUGAUAUACACACAUUUGACAUUGCUACGGUGUCUGAACGAAAUUAGCCGGCAAAUGAGAAUUCCAUAUAUUUCCUAUCGUUAUGGAUUUCGUAUCGCCCUACUUCACGGUCCACCUAUUUGCCGUUUUAUUGGGAAAAGGGGUCCAACUAUCAUAGCAGUAAUGAUGAUGUUGAGCCAAGUUGGAAUCUGUACAGUAUUUGUGAUAUUUACUACAGACUCUUUACGUGAUAUCAUGGAUUGGCAAACUUCAAGACCGGCUUUAUUAACGUUAUUGCUGCCCUAUAUUUUACUAGAAUUUUCCAUGAAGACUUUGAAAAUUGUUAGCUAUGUCUCUUUAUUUGGUAAUUUUCUGAACCUCGUGGGCUUAGUGCUGAUAUUUUAUCUAAUAUUUGAUGACCCUCAUGGAGAAACUAUAGUUGCCACAACCGAAGCGCUACCGUUUUUGUUUGCUUUUGGCACUUUUCUCUUUAAUAUGAGCGCCGUUGGAGUAGUAUUAUCAUUGGAUAAAGCGCUGAAAUAUCCGAAAAUAAUGACGGCGCGUUGCGGUGUAGUCAUCAUAGGUAUUCUUGUACCUACCCUCGUUUCAACGGUAUUUGGUACACUUGGAUAUUGGUCAUUUGGUACAAUGGAAGAGAAUAUUCUACGCUCUUUGCCUUUUGAUAAUCCGAUAGCAAUGACAGCUAUAGGUCUGUAUAUGAUCGCAGUAGCAUUGGCAUACCCCAUACAAUGCUACCCAGGAAUACAGAUUAUCCUGGAAGUAGCAAAGAAUCACCGCUUGUCCGAAGCACCAUCAGACCGCACAAUGAAAAUAUUGGAGUAUAUCGCUAGGCCAGUCUUCGUAUGCACAUCUUUUACAAUAAGCUACUUAAUCCCGUUUCAAGGCCCAUUUGUAGCAUUUGUCGGUAGCCUCUGUACGACACUAUUGGCCAUUGUGUUCCCAGCCAUGAUGGAACUGUGCCUCAUGUAUCCCAGUCAUUAUGGAAAAUUCCACAUUCAUUUAGUGAAAAAUUUGAUGAUAAUUAUCUUUGGCAUUAUCAUCUGGUUCUUUGGUGUAGUUAUAUUGCCUUUGUGGACUUGGGAUUGCGUUAAUGACAAGUGCGUGCCAUCGAAAGCAACUGAAAGAGGGAAGUUACAAUCUCUCAUGACAUGCAACAUGCUAUGCGCUUCAAUGCAACUAUGGCCUCAGCCUACAGGAACAGUAAGUCUGUCUACAACAGCUGUGCCAGUACGAGUUGAUUUAAUCGAGUUACAAAUCAUAUCGUACCCAUCAGAGUCCGUCCGUGAUCACCUACGAUACGCUUUUGAGUUAAUGCGCAAUGAUCUACGCAUCUUGGAACAAAACACGCAUGGGUUUCAAGAAUGGCGCAGCGUGGUCGUACGUGUCUCUGUCAAUGGUAGUAUAGACCCUCGUAUGCGACUUUCAACAGACGAAAGUUAUAAACUAUCACUCCGACCUAAGAGAGGUCCUGGCGGUUCUUUAGUAGUAAAUAUUUUGGCACAGUCAUUUUGUGGCGCGCGACAUGCGUUUGAAACUUUUACACAGUUAAUAUGGCUCGAUCCUCAUGAAAAUACAUUGUUGGCUUUAGAAGCUGCGAAAAUAGAAGAUUUCCCAAAAUUUCGCUACCGCGGAUUAAUGCUGGAUACAGCACGCAAUUACUUUCCAGUGAGAGAUAUAAUUCGCACCAUAGAUGCUAUGGCUGCUUGCAAAUUGAAUACAUUUCACUGGCGUGCAAGUGAUUCUCAGGCAUUUUCAAUAUUUCUUAGUAGUGUGCCUCAGCUAUCUGAUUAUGGUGCAUAUGGAAAGGGCGCAGUAUAUACUCCUAAUGAUGUACGAAUUAUAGCACGCCAUGCACGAUUGCGUGGAAUACGGGUUUUGAUUGAAAUAGAUACACCAGCACACGUGGGUAGAGCAUGGAGCUGGGGAGAGUAUGUCAAAUUGGGAGAUUUAGUCCAUUGUGUAGAUGCCGAUCCUAAGAAUUCCUACUGUAACGAACCACCUUGCGGGCAGCUCAAUCCCCGGAACCCUCAUGUUUAUGACUUGUUGGAACGAAUUUACACAGAAAUAAUUCAAUUAACAGGUGUCACCGAUCUAUUUCAUUUAGGUAGUGACGAUGUCUCAGAACGCUGUUGGGCUGAUCAUUUCAAUAAGACUGACUCUAAGAAAUUAUGGCUCGAAUAUAUACGCUCAGCUCUGCAGCAUCUCAAAAAUGCCAAUGGGCAAUUACCAAGUCUUACUCUGUUGUGGACGUCGUCAAUUACUGAAAUAAUGAAAUCCGAAUUAAAAGAUUACAUUAAUAUCAUCGGUCUACAAGCUCGAACCGCCGCGUGGGCUCACAAAUUUGUUGUUGGCAUUCGAACGGUAGUGUCUCAUGAAGAUGCUUGGGAUUUAAACAAUGGUAUGGGAUCUUGGUAUGGAGGUUACGAUGGAGCGCCCUAUAAUUCAUGGCAGCGCGUGUAUGAAUAUAGACCAUGGGGUCGUAACUCAGCUUGGAAUGUCGAGGGUGGUGAGGCCACUGUUUGGUCGUCUUCUCUUAGUGUUGGUGGAUUGGAUGCAAGAGUGUGGCCCCGAGCUGCAGCACUGGCCGAGCGGCUUUGGACAGAUCGUGCCGAGGGCGCUACCAGACCUGUCCAUGCUAGACUCGAUGUGCAUCGUACCCGAUUAGUAGAUCGAGGGAUUCAAGCCGCACCUUUAUGGUCCUUGUGGUGUACACACAAUCCAUACACAUGUGGUUAA